ACCACCAGGACCGGCACGACCAGCACCACCAGGACCGGCACCAGCGUCCAGUGGCUCGGUGGGCCGGAGGAGGAGGAGGAUUGAAGGAAGGGGAAGGGGUGGAGGAGGAGUCCCCCGUCCCUCGUCCCUCGUCCCUCCACUCCCCAUUCCGUGCCCUGUCCGGGGGAUGGCUCGCCCCAUCCCUCCCGGCCCCUAGACGCCCCCGGGCCAAGGAGCGGGCGGCGCCCACCGCCCCCCACUCCCAGCCGGACAGACAGCUAGCCGGGCCGGGCAGCAUGGCCCGGGCACCCGGGGCACCCCCCGACCCACCGUCGCUGCCCCUCCUGGCCUUGGCCCUGGCCCUGGCCCUGGCCCUGGCCCCCUGCCCCGCGCAGGGGGUCGCCGACGCCCACUUCUCCAUCCUGGACGAGGCGCAAGUGCUGGCCAGCCAGAUGCGGAGGCUGGCCACCGAGGAGCUGGGGGUCGUCACCAUGCAGCGGAUAUUCAACUCCUUCGUGUACACGGAGAAAGUCUCCAAUGGAGAAAGCGAAGUGCAGCAGCUUGCCAAGAAAAUCCGAGAGAAGUUUAACCGUUACUUGGAUGUGGUGAAUCGGAACAAACAAGUCGUGGAAGCAUCAUAUACCGCUCAUUUGACAUCUCCGCUGACAGCGAUACAAGACUGUUGCACCAUUCCACCGUCCAUGAUGGAAUUCGAUGGAAAUUUCAACACCAACGUGUCUCGAACCAUUAGCUGCGAUCGACUGUCUACCACCGUCAACAGCCGAGCCUUCAAUCCCGGACGAGAUCUGAACUCGGUUCUCGCGGACAACCUGAAGUCGAACCCUGGGAUCAAGUGGCAGUACUUCAGCUCCGAAGAAGGAAUUUUCACUGUGUUUCCCGCUCACAAGUUCCGGUGCAAGGGCAGUUAUGAGCAUCGCAGUAGACCCAUCUACGUCUCGACCGUGCGGCCCCAGUCGAAACACAUAGUGGUCAUCGUGGAUCACGGCGCUUCGGUCACGGAGACCCAGCUGCAGAUCGCCAAAGAUGCUGCCCAUGUCAUCCUCAGCUCCAUUGACGAACACGAUAAGAUCUCCGUGCUCACUGUGGCAGACACAGUCAGAACCUGCUCCCUGGAUCAGUGUUAUAAGACAUACCUGUCUCCAGCCACUAGCGAGACAAAAAGGAAAAUGUCUACCUUCGUUAGUAGCAUAAAAUCAUCUGACAGCCCUACCCAGCAUGCAGUGGGAUUUCAAAAGGCAUUCCAGUUAAUGCGGAGCACAAACAAUAGUACAAAAUUCCAGCCAAAUACCGACAUGGUCAUAAUUUACCUGUCAGCUGGAAUUACAUCAAAGGAGUCUUCAGAAGAAGAUAAAAAGGCUACUCUUCGUGCCAUCAAUGAAGAAAAUAGCUUUCUCAACAACUCUGUAAUGAUUCUCACCUAUGCCCUCAUGAAUGAUGGGGUGACCGGCUUGAAAGAACUGGCCUUCCUGCGAGAUCUGGCCGAGCAAAACUCAGCCAAGUACGGCGUCCCCGACCGAAGCUCCUGGCCGGUGAUUAAGGGCAGCAUGAUGGUCUUGAACCAGCUGAGCAACCUGGAGACCACAGUGGGUAGGUUUUACACGAACCUGCCCAACCGGAUGAUCGACGAAGCCGUCUUCAGCCUCCCCUUUUCUGAUGAAAUGGGCGACGGUUUGAUCAUGACAGUGAGCAAACCCUGUUACUUUGGGAACCUUCUGCUGGGGAUCGUAGGUGUGGACGUCAACCUGGCCUACAUACUCGAGGACGUGACCUAUUACCAAGACUCUCUGGCUUCCUAUACGUUCCUCAUAGACGAUAAAGGAUACACACUUAUGCACCCAUCCCUUACCAGGCCCUAUCUACUCUCAGAACCCCCACUUCACACCGACAUUAUACAUUAUGAAAACAUUCCAAAAUUUGAGUUGGUUCGGCAGAACAUCUUAAGCCUCCCCUUGGGCAGUCAGAUUAUUACAGUCCCCGUGAACUCUUCGCUGUCUUGGCACAUAAACAAACUGAGAGAGACUGGGAAAGCAGCCUACAAUGUUAGCUACGCCUGGAAAAUGGUCCAGGACACCUCCUUCAUCCUGUGCAUCGUGGUGAUCCAGCCGGAGGUUCCUGUCAGACAGCUGAAGAACCUCAACACCGUGCCUAGCAGCAAGCUCCUGUACCACCGGCUAGAUCUUCUGGGCCAACCCAGUGCCUGCCUCCAUUUCAAACAGCUGGCCACCCUAGAAAGCCCCACGGUCAUGCUGUCUGCAGGGAGCUUUUCUUCCCCUUAUGAACACCUAAGCCAGCCGGAGACCAAGCGAAUGGUGGAGCACUACACCGCCUAUCUCAGUGACAACACUCGCUUGAUUGCUAAUCCCGGGCUUAAGUUCUCUGUCAGAAAUGAAGUAAUGGCUACCAGUCACGUCACAGAUGAAUGGAUGACCCAAAUGGAAAUGAGUAGCCUGAACACUUACAUUGUCCGCCGUUACAUAGCAACGCCCAAUGGGGUCCUCAGAAUUUACCCUGGUUCUCUCAUGGACAAAGCAUUUGAUCCCACCAGAAGACAAUGGUACCUGCAUGCCGUGGCUAAUCCGGGAUUAAUUUCUCUGACCGGUCCUUACUUAGAUGUUGGAGGAGCUGGCUACGUGGUUACCAUCAGUCAUACUGUUCACUCUUCCAGCUCUCAGUUGUCCAUCCCGGGGCACACUGUGGCUGUAAUGGGCAUCGAUUUCACCCUGAGAUAUUUUUACAAAGUUUUAAUGGAUUUAUUACCAGUUUGUAACCAAGAUGGAGGCAACAAAAUAAGAGGUUUCACAUCAACUAUCGGAAUCUUCCUCAACAGCGUCCCUGUGAAGAACCCUUCCGGUGGCCAGACGACAUCCCUCAACCCCAUCCCAACUUCGUCCAAGAAGAACUUUGGUGGCAACAGCCUUCAUGACAGGACGGUCCAGACGGGUUUUAAUAAAUUUAAAUCCAGCCUGGUGGGGGAUUUGACAAACCUUGUGCACGGCAGCCACUGUUCCAAAUACCGACUGACCCGGAUCCCAGGCACCAACGCUUUUGUCGGCAUCGUCAAUGAAACCUGCGACUCUCUGGCCUUCUGCGCUUGCAGCAUGGUGGACCGUCUGUGCCUCAACUGUCACAGAAUGGAGCAGAACGAGUGUGAGUGUCCCUGCGAGUGCCCCCUGGAAGUGAACGAAUGCACCGGCAAUCUCACCAACGCAGAGAGCCGAAAUCCAAGUUGCGAAGUCCACCAGGAACCGGUAACAUACACGGCCAUCGAUCCUGGCUUGCAGGACUCUCUCCACCAGUGUGUCAACACCCGGUGCAGCCAGAGGAUGGAAAGCGGAGAAUGUUUCGGCGUGUUGGAUUGCGAGUGGUGCAUGGUGGACAGCGAUGGAAAGACCCACCUGGACAAGCCAUACUGUGCGUCGCAGAAAGAAUGCUUCGGGGGCAUCGUGGGGGCCAAAAGCCCUUACGUAGAUGAUAUGGGAGCCAUAGGCGACGAGGUCAUCACCCUGAACAUGAUCAAGAGCGCACCCGUGGGUCCCGUGGCCGGCGGGAUCAUGGGGUGCAUCAUGGUGCUGGUCCUGGCAGUGUAUGCCUACCGCCACCAAAUCCAUCGCAGGAGCCAUCAGCAUAUGUCGCCGCUGGCCGCCCAGGAAAUGUCCGUGCGAAUGUCCAACCUGGAAAACGACCGAGACGAGAGAGACGACGACAGCCACGAGGAUCGCGGGAUCAUCAGCAACACGCGGUUCAUAGCGGCGGUCAUCGAGCGGCACGCCCACAGCCCGGAGCGGAGGCGACGCUACUGGGGUCGGUCGGGGACAGAGAGCGACCAUGGUUAUAGCACCAUGAGCCCCCAGGAGGACAGUGAAAACCCCCCCGGCAACAACGAUCCCCUGUCGGCCGGGGUCGACGUGGGGAACCACGAUGAGGAUUUGGACCUGGACACGCCUCCCCAGACGGCCGCUCUGUUGAGUCACAAAUUUCACCACUACCGGCUCCACCCGCCCUCCCUCCAUCACAGCCACCACUUACAGGCGGCGGUCACAGUACACACUGUCGAUGCAGAAUGCUAGUGACCUCUCGAUACGGGGGUGUGAAGAGGCAGAAGACGGAGAUACCUGCAGCAAGAGACCACUUCUAUCUGUGCUUGGCCAGGAAUUGUUACCGCCCCCUCCCACCGCCCCGCAAGCCCCAAUUCCAGCCUGUUACCAUGUUGGAGAACAAGAGCCGAACCUUUCCAGCUGCCGGACGGCGAAGCCGGCUCCGAAACGGAGGGGAGAAGUGGCCGUGACGUUGACGAAGUGGAUUAGGGAUGAAGAGCUAAAUGAGAGCUUGGGUUUGUCCUCCGUUCGGCCGAGCCGGGGAAAGGCGGGGUCAGAGGAGCCGGUGAUGUUCGGCUUGCCUGAAUCUCAAGAACGGAAAGGAGGGCCACCAAAAACCUGGGGAAGGUGACCCCGACGAAAGGGGGUGGUCUCGUCGAGACUCCGAUGGGUCUCCAACAGGUACACGGCUAUCACCUGGCUGCAGGGACUUAAGCCGGGGGGGCGUGAAACAGGGCAUCUCAAAGUUUUUAAGUAAAGGAUUAUUUUUCUACUAUUUAUUGAACUUGACAUACGUGAACUCUGGAGGGAAAGGACAAGGAAGCCACUAUCAGCGUACCCACCCAUCCUCCUCCCCGUCCCGCUGUGGCGAGCAGGCGAUCUCUCUUGAGGAAUUCCGUUUCUCGUUUAGCUGACACCAGCGCCUGCCCCGGUCCCUCAGAUGGUUGGGGCAGGGGGUGGAAAGGAAAUGAAGAAAUCCUUCUCCGUCCUGUUUACAUUCAUUUUCUUCCCCACCACUCCUCGGUAAGACCGCGCCUCCAUUUGUGACUUGGCGUCCUUCGUCGUGGACGUACUCUGCUAGGACCCCAAUGGGACGGUCUCCUUGUAAACCUUCCUCUUGCCAUCCAGAAUUCCUUUUUUUCCACCUUUCUGUCACCCCGUUGUUUCCCCACCCCCACCAUCUCUCCAGGAGACCCAACCAACUCCACAAAUCCAGCCUUCCCACCAAGAAAAGACGAUUCAUUCCUCUUGCAGUAAAACAGUAUUUGGAAACCACAAAUUGCCCCAAUUCUUUACCAGAGAAAUAUCGCCCCUUUUGUGUCUGAGUCUGAGGAAUCUCUGAGGAAUCUGGAGUAUACCAGUGGAGAGGAAAAGCAGUGUGUUGCAGAAUUCUGGAUCUUCCGAAAGGUUUCCUUGAGAAAUCCAGAGUGAGAAAGGUGCUCUUGGUGAUCCAGAAUCUAAGAGUGCUCUGCUGCUUUGGUGGAUGAUCCAGAAUCUAAGAGUGCUCUGCUGCUUCGGUGGAUUAAUCAGGUCUAUCUUAUACAACACGGGGGCAUCGGAAUUUUAAAUUAGUGGUCUACUCACAGUGUUGUAUUUUAGAUGCACAUUUUGUGAUUCAGAUAUGUUAUAAAGGCAUCCUCGCACUGUGCUUAUGGUAAAUUUCCAUUUAUAUGUAGUUUAAAAACAUACUGAUACUGUUUUAAUGAUAGGGUACUUAAAUACUGUUAUGUAAAAAUUUGGUUCUUAAACAGUACGGUAAGUAACUAUGUGUGCUAUCAGGAAACCCCUUUAUACUAUGUAUAAAAUUGCAGUCUCUAGUGAAAUAAACUGUAUAUAAAGUCG